CGAGACAGGCCAAAGGCAGAACAAGAUAAUGGCUUCUUCGACAAUGGCGUUAACGCUGUCUCCUUCGGUAACCCGUGGAGGCAUGAGUGCUCGAAGUCCUUCAGCUUCCCUUACAUUCCUUACUGGUUCUUCCAGACACAGGUCGCUGUCCUUGAAUGUUUCCCACAAUUCCUCUGCCUAUCGUUCUUCGCUACUUCACUGCUCCUUCCUCUGCUCUUCUCCGUCUCUCUCUUUCCCCUCUUCUGUUUCCGGCAUAUCACUGGGUCUGGAUUUUAAACCUGAUGUUGGUAAUAGAAGGGGAAAUGGUGGCAGGCUAGUUGUUAGGGCAGGCAAAGCUGCUCUUUGUAUGACCAAGAGGAACAGAUCACGCAAAUCACUGGCACGGACUCAUGGUUUUCGCAGACGGAUGAGGACUACAAGUGGAAGAGCAGUACUUAAGCGCCGACGUGCCAAGGGACGGAAGGUCCUUUGCCCAAAGUCUAAUCCAAAUAGUGGCAAACGUGCUUAAGUUUAUUCUAUUUCAUUAGGUAAAAGCUUUAAUUCCCAUGAACUUAUUUAAAUUCUGAGCCCCCGUUGAACUAUUGGCUUUUGUAAUCUCUAUAUCUCAAGAAAAUUAUCCUUUCUUAUGACCAGAUCUUGUUAAUUGCUUGUUAGUUGUUCCAAAGCCGAUUGCCACCAAUCACCCUUACUGAAAUGACUAAGUCAGUCGUUUUAGGCAAUUAGUUGUGCGUGCAUGAUGUUCCUUAUUAUUGUUCUAUUCGACUCGUAAUCAUUGGUCUUUACUCUUG